UGAAAGGAAGUUUCACUUUCUUUAUGCUUUAUAUAUACAUGAUUUUCAUGAUUUAGAGCAAUCCGAAAUACUUUCGAAAGCUUUCGAAAUGUUUCAAAAUAUUUCUAAAUAUUUCUGAAAUAAAAAUUUCUGAAAUGAAAAAAAAAAAACAGACAGUUUCGAAAUAGAAAUCUCAAAUGUAUCUUGGCCUUUACUGAAGCGAAGGAUAAAGUUUUUUGACGAAACGAAUGUUAAAAAAGGGUUAAAUAUUUUUUCUUUAAAAAGAAAAUAUUUUGCUAAGAACGUUGCUUUGAGUCAGUAAAAGACAGCUCGUCACUUUGCAUCAUUAAUUUCUCCCUUGUGAGAAGGUUCUAAGUCGUGUGGCUGUGGCUUUGUAAAGUCUUUUUAUGAAGAGAAUUAUCCAAUUCUAAGUUUUUUGAGUUAUAAUCUUCAUCAUUAUGACAAGACGUCUUAUCAACAAACAAUGUAAACAGUAAGUAAACAAACUUUUAGAAGGUGUGCUACUGAGCUCACGGACUUUCUGCACGAUGUGACGUUUGCUCAUUUAUUCGAACCUAGCUCCCUCGACUUUAAAGGGAUUCCUGCAUUGAAAAUGAUAUUUUAGUGAUACAUUCCUAUCAUGCCAAUAAUAACGAAAGUCGCAUUCUUUUGCUUCGAAAGAUAUGGAAAAAAGUCAUACCCUUCAAAUUCUUCUACAGCUUCCCUGUUCCUCCUUCUCCACUUCUGCUUUCCUUUCCGUCUCGAUGUUCAAACUCGCGCCAGUCUAUAUUUUUGUUAUGAUGUCAUAAGAAAGUAUGAACCAAGCUGGCCGAUAAUUCUUGUACCAGAAAAAUGCGUAAAUAAGUUCUUGUGGUAAACGAGCUCAUUUCACAUGUCAAUAAUGGCGGAAUCUACAACUGUAAAAACGGCAGAGGAUAUUUUACCAUACCUUUUUGAGCCAGUCGUUAUAUCAGAGGGUGGGGAAGAUGAAUGGACUGACUGCAGUAGCGAGGCAAAUGAGAGUGAUGUAGAAAGAGAGAUGGGAAAACAGGGAAGAUGCGACGUGGAUAGUGAAACGUGGUGCAAAUGUGGACAUUGCCAAAAAAAGUAUUUUCCUAUUGAAUGCAUUUGUUGUGUAGAGGUCGAAGAAACAAAACGGAUGAUUGAAAAGGAGAAUAUUGGCUGUAUAAUUGAUCAUCCAGGUUUUAGUCCAGUGUGCCUUAACGUCGAGGUUUUGUGGACAUCGCUGGUGAACUUGGCAGAUAGAGAAGGAGCUUAUUUGCCGCGCAGGAAUAACGUUCCAAACAAAUCGUAUAGAUAUGCAGCAUAUAGACAGUUUACCUGGUGGAUACAUGAUAAGUUAGGUCGCCAUGUUAGACGGGUUAUACCAUCUUGCGCUGUUAGCCGUAUAAGGGCCGAAUUCGAAGAAGAAGACGGCAACUACACUUUUUUUACGGCAGCAGCAAUAUCAAGAUUUCCCUGACCUUUCACACAUUUGAAAUCUGGUUGAGAUUUCCAAAUAUAAGUGCAGCCUUUGGUACAUGUAAUGUGGAGAUAAAGCUGGGAACCUUUACGAAAUGAUUCGCGAAUUGUUGACUUGUUCACAAGCGACCCACACUUUGAACAUCUGUUCAAUAACACAUCAAUUUGACUUCCAUACACGAUAAAGCAUCUGUUGUUGUGAUCAUAUGUAUUUUCGGCGAAUUCAUUGAUAUCGGAUUCACUUUCUUCGAAACUUCUGGAUGCACCAUGAACUGUUGGGUCAAAAUCGGAAUCAUUUGUAUCAUUGCCAACUUCACUUGUUUCAGAUAAAAAACUUUCCUUCAGUUGUGAAGUACCUGAAUGAGACCAGUGUACUCAAAUAAUUAUAAGUGAAUACAAAACUCACUCUCGUCCCCAGAGAACGAGUUGUACAUACCUUCAACACUUUUUUCUUUCCAUCCAUCAUCUGUUUUACGUUCAUCUUUUUUUUCAUCGGUUUCUCCCGCAUUCGAUGCAGGUACAACAUUGUCAUCAGCAACAUCUGAAGUAACGUUCAGCGAAUUAUCUUCAU